UCUUGCCAUCCAACAACGACGACCUCUCCCUCCGCCGCGUCCAGGCGACACCGCAGACCUAACAUGAGCAACGUCGACGAUUCGCUAUCUAGUCCAGAACGAUCGCCGCCUGUGAAGGUGAAGUACAGUGCGCGCCGGAAGAGGAGACAGAAUGUAGCGAAUGAGGAAGCCGAGGAGUCUCCGGCUGAGGAGACAAAGAAUGAGGGCGAAGAAGAGGUCGCUGCAAGCCCCGAGAAGCCUGCAUCCACUGACGCGGAGGUAUCCACAAAGAAGCGUGCACCAAAGAAGAUUGAUGUAGUUCUGCGAGGGCCCUCUCCCACUCGAGGCCGCCAGGAUUCGCCCGCUACAAACAAGAGACCUCCAAGCAGAGCCAGGAAGGCACCGCACUCGCGGGCGGGGUCGGUGGCAUCCAUUGCUCAAGAAGACGGGGAUACCUCCCCAGUAAAGGGCAAGCCUCUAUCCGCGGUUGGCGCCAAGGCUUUCCAGACACCUGCAAGACGCGCCCGAUCACCAGAUAGUGUUGCCGACGAUCAGUCCGUCUUGGGAGAGUCGUCGAAAUCGGCGCGUGCAAGGAAGACCGAAGCCGAGCGCAUCGAGUUCCUCCAGAAUGAUCCGCUCACGGAAGAGGUGGAGGCACAUCGUGUGUUCUGCAAGGAGUGUCAGGAAUGGGUCGAUUUGGCCCCGAAGCGGAAGUACGUGAUGCAGAACUGGGUGACGCACCGCAAACAGAAACACAAACAACGCGGCAACCCUGACAAACACGACACCUCGGAUCUCAAGUCUGAGGUUGCAGCCGACGAGGACGACGGUCACGUUGAAGAUGAUAACGCAUCUGUAGCCGCAUCCUCGGUGGCACCGUUGGAGACGCCUCGGAGCGAGAAGUCGUCACGAGAACGUCCCAGCAACCGCAUUACCGCUAUGCAGCGCAAGCUCUCGCUGGUGAAUGACCCGCAAGUGAGAAAGCUGACAGAUCAGAUUGUCGAAUGCGCGGUAUGCCGCGCUGAAGUGACGGUGAAGGGCCAGGUGGACUACGAUCUCGCCCGAUGGGAGGGACACAAGGCUACGUGCACCAAAUCGACUCCCCGCCCCGCGACUUCGUCCGACCAGGCCGGUGCAGCCAAGGUGCCGCCGGGGGCAGCACUACAAUCACCGCCCUCGGUGGCUUCGACGGAUGCAACCGCAGUGGGGUCCGACCCUUCGCCGUCGCGUGGCCAGAAGAGGCCUCGUGAUGAGGACGAGGAGGAUUCAGACCAGAAGCGUUCUGUGCGCCCCCGAUCUGCAUUCUACGAGGCACCGGAGGGGGACUCGCCAGGCUUUUUGGACUGGGUGACGCUGCCGUUCCGCUCGUUUGUGCGUGGUUUCCGUGAAGGACUAUCAUCGGGAUAGAGUAGGAUAUUCUCGACGUCCGCUCCUAUCGCCAUAUCGCAUCGCCUCGCUCUUGACUAAUUACUACCCCGCCACACUCGUUAUCGCCUGCUUGCUGAGUCGCUCGCUUGUCCCCCCGUUGCCUGACGGUUCCCCUGCAUGUCUCUCGCUGCUGUGUUAUCUGCUUCCGUGUAUCUAGUCCGAAUCUAUCGCGCCGUUUUAUCGAGCA